GCGUCACGGACCCAGGUGUAAACAGGGGAAUUUCCGAGGGUCCAUGAAGGCAACCUUUUCUCCGCAGUUUCGGGUAGCUUUCGCUUCUCUCGCCAAACGUUCGAUUCCGCGAAGCAGGAGGCGAGUGACCGAGGACUGGAGCGUGUCCCUGCCGCUGGAGCGUGUGUUCGGCCCGAGGAGGAGCCGAGGAGGAGCCGAGGAGGAGAGCUAGCUGACCGGGGGACGGCUCCAUGCUAGCCGCAGAGGGACAGGUGCACCGCGGCGUCGAGCUGUGACGCGUCCCUACAUCCGGGGAACAACGAUAAAGAAGAGACGUUAAAGUCUUAACGGUUUCAAGCAGAUUAGUGACCUCAGCGUCUCCUGGUAGAAACAACAUGGCAGAUAAGAGUUGAGGGAUCAGGGUUCACUGCUCGUCUUCAUCAGGUUCACUGCUCGUCUUCAUCAGGUUCACUGCUCGUCUUCAUCCGGUUCACUGCUCGUCUUCAUCAGGUUCACUGCUCGUCUUCAUCAGGUUCACUGCUCGUCUUCAUCAGGUUCACUGCUCGUCUUCAUCAGGCUGUCCUCACCCUUCAGCCUGUCCCCUCAGCUCUCCAUGAGGACAUGGCUCAGGCCCGGUUAGAGACCAGCGUCCUGCAGGAGGAGCUCACCUGCCCGGUGUGCCUGGAGCUGUACCGAGACCCCUUCCUGCUCCCGUGCGGACACAACUUCUGUAAGAUCUGCCUGGAGCGGCUGAGGCGGCAGGCGGAGCGCGGCCGCUUCCGCUGCCCCGAGUGCCGGGACAGCCACCGCUGCUCCACCAACUUCCAGAAGAAUUUCAAACUCGCCAAUAUUGCCGACGACUUCCGCCUCAGGCGCAGAGCCACCGUCGAGUCCGCCUCAGGUUUGAAACCCGGAGGGCAGCCGCCGGCCUCCCGGAGUGUGUGUGUAGUUCCGUGUGACUACUGCCCCUCGGCUGAGGCGCCGGGCGUCAGCGGUGAGGGCGACGACUCUUCUGCUGCUUCUGUUUCCCAUGAAGGUGACGGAGCCGCUGCUGGUGCUGCUGGUGCUGCUGGUGCUGCUGGUGCUGCUGGUGCUGCUGGUGCUGCAGCCGCCGGGUCAAUGUUUGCGGUGAAGACGUGUCUGAAGUGUGAGGUGUCGAUGUGCCAGGAGCACGUGAAGCCACAUCUGGAGCUACCGGCGUUCAGCGAGCAUCCGCUGACAGAACCCAUAUUUGACUUCUGGAAGAGGAAGUGUCCAGCGCAUGAUGAGAUCUACAGGUACUACUGCAUGGACGACAAGGUGUGUGUGUGUAACGCCUGCACCAUAGAAGGAGAACACUCAGGACACACAAUGAAGACCCUGAAGAACACAAUGAAAGAUCUCAAGGGCGCCCUGGACAAGCAGCUGUACCAGGCUGAAAGGAAGAACAGCAUGGCGGAGAAGAAGCUCCAGGAGCAGAGGGAGAAGGAGAGACAGAACAAGAAGUUCAGGGACGACUCGGAGCAGUGCCUGAACAGACUCAGCGAGGAGAUGAAGAACAAAGUGCUCGGCUUCGUGGGUCGCCUGCGGGACUGCACGCGCACACAGGGCGACACCAACGGGCUGGCCAUCCAGAAGAACAUCUCCAGGAUCUGUCAGGACCAGGCCCGGCUGCAGGAGGCUCGCUGCGGCCUCGAAGGCCUCACGCAGGAGAACGAUCCCUUCCGCUUCAUCGAGGCGUACAGGACGACAGGGAAACAGUGCCGUCGGCAGCUGAGGAGGAACAUGUUCUACCCAGAGUACGUGGACAUGGAGACGGAGGUUCUGGUCACGUUGAUGGAAGAAGAGAUGAGGAAGUUCCUGGACGAGGAACUCCAGUGUAGCGUCGUUGCCGCCUUAAAUUCCUUGUGUCAUCUCACAGAUCUGGAGGAGGAGGAGGAGGAGCAGUAUGAGGUUGAGGAAGAGGCCGCAGAGGAGGACGAUGAUGAUGACGACCUCAACGACAGCAGCGAGGAGGACAUGAGGAGCGAGGGCGAGGUGGAGGAAGAGGAGGAGGAGGACGAGGAGGACGAGGAGGAAGGACCCAACCAGAGGGAGCUGGCAGAUGAUCUUUACAGUCCGGAGGAGGAGGAGGAGGAGGAGGAGGACGACAGUGAUGAGGAAGGAGAGAGUAUAGAUUGGGCGGCGGAGGAGGAGGAGAGAGUGGUUUAACCGUGAUUUGUUUACAUAUAUUUUUCCACCUUCUUGAAGAACUUUGAAUUUGACACUCAGCUUCGGGUGAGUGCAGCAGAUGUUCCCACAUCUCUUUGAAUGUCCCGCCGACAGAACCGCUGCCACACUUUGCCUCAAACCUUCCACAGCAAGCUGAGCUUCACCGGAGGAGGAGGGCGGAGCUGUGACUCAGCCGGACUCAGAACCAACUGGGAGCGAAUCUCACGUCAGACCUCAGAGGAGACACGUGACGCUCUGUCAGAAGAAGUCUCCUUUAUUAAGCUGUUCUUACAUCAGCAGAUAUUUACACAUGCAAAUGAAUGUAUAUUAACAGAAUGUGAUUUAAGACUGAAUUUAGAAAACAACUAUUUUAUUUGUUGAUAGAACAACUGGUAUAAGUUUUAUUUUUAAUAAUUUCCAGUCCUGGAUUCACAAAUGUUUGAACUCCUCGGGUUUGACAGUUUCCCGUCACCAUGAGAAGCCUUUUCGAUCAGAUCCUCGUAAACGGCUCAAAGAUUUGACUCUAAAAAGAACUUUUGAAGUUGAUGCACAAGGCGUCUGAGGCGGGUGAAGAUUGAUAUGAACAUUUCAAACCAAAGAGUGAGGAUGUACUUUUUAAUAAAUGUGUUUGCUCGGCAUGACAUAGAUCUAAGUAACAGUUAACAUUGGCUCCGGGACGACUUUUGCUUUUCAUAAUUCUUUGUGCUUUAAAAACAGGUGAUGCAUUGUUUAAGAUAUUGUUAAUUAUUCCUAUGCACUCUUCAUAUAUUAAUCCUACAAUAUCAGUUUCAGGUGAUGUAGAAUUUUGCACUUUAUUACAAAAAAACCUGCUUUGUUGGGCCUGAAACUUUUGAAUGUGAAAAGCUGAUUUUUAUUUUGAUAUGAGGGAGUUUGUGAGCGGCCAAACGAAAACCAUUCAUAUAUAAAAAUGAAGCCUGCUGAAAACG